GCUCCCACAUAUGUGAUGGUGUUGAAGAUGAGACGCCAGUACACCACCUCUCAACCAAGACUUCAUAUUUUAAUGCAGAAAAAGAUGAAAGCUACUGGGAAAAUUUUAAAAAGGAAGCAGGGCCGGAUUCAGGAGUGGGCAAAGUGGGCAGCUGCCCAGGGGCCUCCACAAAGAGGCUGCCCAUGGGCCUCCACAGGUCUAAAUCCGGCACUGACCAACAUCACAACCAACUCCACUUCUCCUGCCCACAAAUAGUGAAAAGACUUAUGAUCUUUGCUUUUGCAUCAGAAAGAUAAGUGCUGGUCACUUGAGCCCAUUUCUCACUAGCCCGUUUUGAUGGCAACUAUUAUUACCAUAAGCCGGAAUUUAAAUUCCCUGUACUUUUCAUUACCCAGAAAAUAAAAUUUUAGCAUUCCGAGAAAUUAUGAGAAAAUCUCUGUUCCAGGUAUUCAAAUAAAUUUCCAAGCAAUUGCGUCAUGUGCUGAGUGGGUGGAUGGAUAGGCUCAGAAUGCUCGUGAGCGUGAGCUACGAUUCAGUACUACUUUCAUGUGACAAAUCAUGGAAAAAUAAUUAUUUAAAAAUUCAAAAAAUAUCUUUCCAAUUAUGAGGGUCAUUUAUUAUUGUUGUGGAGUGGUCCUGCGUGGACCACGUGGACCUUCCAGGCCACCCCGCAUGCCAACAACUUAGCCGUGCCACGCUCAGUCAUAAUCAUCAUAGGAUAAGGUAAGAAAUUGAUUUCCAGUACAGUGAACCUUUGAAGAUUCGGACCCUCGUGUUUCCUAGCUGGAAUUGAUAAAAUGCUACUACGACCACAUAGUUGGCACGAGCAAUCCCUGAUGGAGGUUCAUGGUGCUUAAGAAUAAGGUGAAUGAACAGGCUUUGUGUGAAAUAAAACAAAGCCAAAGAUUGCUCUUGUUGUCCUUGUGGCACGGUGGUAAUGAUUUCUGUUUGCACACAGAGGUCCAGGAUUCGAUUUCCGACAUGACUAACUACAUAAGAGGUGCCAAGUCUACAUGUGAUCAUUACAUAUAAGGAAAGUUAUUUGGGAAAUUUCAGUAGAGUGGUCUGAUCUUCUCAAUAUGAAGUGUGAAGUGGUUGGCUUCUGUUCCUUCCAAGAUUACAGUAGUUCUGGCCAACAGGUUUCAUCCUGGAACAUGAGGUUUCACCCCUUAGGCAUGGCUGGCAUUGCUGUUCUUGAGUUACCUAAUCACUGGUCAGUUAUGAAUUUGGAUUUCCUAAUUAAUCCUUCACUUAUAGCUUAAUAGUUAAUGUUAUGGAAAUUGUACCGGUAAUGUACAAGUAGUAUUAAUUCUCUCUAAAUAUUCAUAAAUUUGAUAACUGUGUAUUCACUUUCUUCUUUGUAGUUUUUGUUUGGUUUUAACUCAAAACUAUUUUCUUGUUAGUUUGGGGAUGCGCUGCACAGCAGAUGUGGCUCCUCAAUCGCCACGGUACACGCUACCCAACGCAGAAUGAUAUAGGCUCACUAAUGAAUACAUUGCCAAGCAUGAGCCAGCAAAUAGAAGCAAAUCAUCACCAGGGCAGAGGUUGUUUAAGACAAGAAGAUUUAGAGCAGAUAAGCAAUUGGUUUCCUCCAUAUAGUUCCCGGGAUAAGGAGCAGUUGCAGGAAGUGGGUUAUGAUGAGCUCUUCUCCAUUGGGGAGUACUGGCGUAACAUGUUCCCUCACCUCUUCAAUGUGACCUAUGAUCCUGCCAAGUUCAAGGUAGAUUAUACCGUGAAAAAUCGUACUGGCCAGAGUGCUUACCAUUUCUUCAGGGGCAUGUUUGGAGAAGAUGCAGUUGGAAACAUUGAAUUUCCUCAGCCAUACAGCCCAAACUUCAUCUUGAGGUUUUACAAAGCUUGUCCUCGCUGGCUUCGUGAAGUGUAUAAGAACAAUGAAACAACAUAUAAGGAACGGAGAUUAUUUGUUCAAACUGAAGAAUUCCAGAGUAUGGCUCAUGCUGUGAGUGCUAGACUGGGGUUCAUGCAUCCUCUUAAGCCAAGAGAAAUUGUAGCGAUUUAUGAUGAAUGCCGUUAUGAAACAGCAUGGUGGCCAGCUCGAAGAAGUGCAUGGUGUUCAGCUUUCUCUCCCUCUGAUUUUGAGGUGAUGGAGUACCACCAGGACUUGAAGUAUUAUUAUGAAGACAGCUAUGGUCACCCCCUCAACUCAAAGACAGCAUGCAGGACCCUUGCUGAUCUCUAUACUAAUAUGAGAAUGACAGUCAACAAUGGGGUGGCCAAACCUCAGGGGAUAUUUUACUUUGCACAUGACAAAACCAUCUUUAAGGUUCUGGCUGGUCUGGGAUUAUUCCGGCCUCCGCAACAUUUAAAGCAUAACAAUUUUGCAGAAAUGAGGAACAGAUAUUGGCGAACAAGUUUUGUGUCUCCCUUUAGUGCUAAUGUUGCAUUUGUUCUAUAUAGGUGUGGUCUAGAGUUUAAAGUGGGAACCUUCUUCCAGGGUCAGCCCACACCCCUCAAAGAGAUUUGUCAGGGAGUGACUUGCCGCUGGGAGGAAAUAAGUCCAUGGCUGAAUGAGAAUUACAAGACGUGUGACCUAAGCAAAUUGUGUAUGAUGCAUGAUGAACUCUAAUGAGGGAUUGUUUAAUGUUUAUGUAACUAAGUUAUAAAAAUAUAAUUUGAAGUUUUACAAAUUAUAAUGACUACUGCGUGUAAUUUUUAUUUAUCGAUUUUAGAUUGUGACAGACUUGAAAUGCCAUUUGUUAACUUUUACCUGUGAUUGACUAAUGUGUGAAUAAUCCUGAAAUAAUGUAAGACAUCUGAGAUAUAGAACAAGCACAAUAUACCCUCAAUUUAAGCAAGGGAUAUGUUCUUGAGGAGCCUUGUGUAUGUCACAUUCAUUCAGAUCGUACUGUACUUAAUUUCUCGUAGGAAAUAAGGGUAUGCAAUUCUAAAUCUUCACAUCUCCCAAGAUACCAUUCUUUGCAAAGAAAUAAACACUGAAUUGUCUUAAAUGAAUGAUGAUAAUUAUUCCAGCUAUUGAGUUGAAUUUAAAAAUUUUGCCACAUACAGCAGCUAGUUUAAUGUGCACUCCAUAUUGUACUGUGUAUAUAUUACACUAAUUACCUGUACGUUGCAUUUAUAGUAUACAUGAUUGCAUACUUUACUCACUCAGUCUUUUGCCCAUCUAUUGGUUGAUGUGGCACACCCCUUGUAGCCAGUGUGUAGGAAAGUAGUCACCACUGCUAUUGAUGGUAGUUUGGGAGUGAAGAAAACACAACUAAGAGAUGGAGAAUAAAGCUCCAUCUCUUAGUCAUGUUUCCUUCACUACCAUCUGUCCACUAUGAAUAAUGUUCACCACUGCUACUUUAUCACUUAAGGUUCAAUGGGGCUGUCAAGAGCAAUGGUGAUGAUAGUAGCCAUUGUCUCCAUUCUACACGACACACACGUAACCAUGCACGCACAUACAUACACAGGCAUUAAUAGAUGCCAAGGUCAUUAGACAGUGGUUUUCAUAAAAUGUUCUUUGUUUUUUACAGUGACUAAAAUUUGUUAAUUGUAAUAAUGUUAUGCUUUUAGAGUAAAUAUUAUCAUGCUUUAGAGUGAAACUGUGUGAAAAUUCAGUUAAAAGACAACAGUUCCUGCUCUACCAAGCUGCAUUCCUGCCAAACCACCCCACCACACCCAGUAUGAAGCGUUAGUAUGUACAUGAGUGCCUACAGGCUGUAAGCCAAUCACAGUGAUCUGUGAACCUGACAUCAUAGGCACAGCUAAGCUGAUUGGCUAAGACCAAUGAACUUCCCUUAAGGUGCCAUCACAUUGGCAUUCUUUCAUCGGCUUUUUUGUCAACUUUCAGAAAAUCGUCAAACUUUUUGUUGUGCACCGUCACACAUGCGUUUAGAACCAAUUCACCAGUUUCCCUCGUUCGACAACUGUCAACAAACAAGAUGGAUCCAAUUGACGAAGAAAGCGCAGCAUUUCUACACCUUUUUUGGUGUAUGAAGAGUCCUGGUGAUCCCAGAGACAGGGGCGCUGCCUUAUCUGGUUCAACAAGAACUCCUCAGAGAGGCGUGUCCAUACUUGGGAUAUUAUUUUAUCUGUUGGCUCCGUCAUGUUGUUCUUAUUCCCACGUGGUCAAAAUGUAAACAAAUUACAUUUUCUUACCUUUUUAAAAUCACAAAAUUUAACAUAAUAAUGAGUAACCUGGGGAAGAAGAGUAACAAUUACUAUCUAAUAAUUUUAGCUUUAUAUUUUAAGUAAAAAUCUGUUUAUUUUUUAUCACUAUUUGUAGUAUCAAUUACAGAUCUUGAGUUGACUCUGGUAAGUUGUCGUACGAGUCGUCAGUGCAGACGGUCUGCACCGUUUGACAAAAAGCCAACAACAACGCUGACGAUUCGUGAAAAAAGUUGACAAUAGAAAUGCUAGUGUGAUGCCGCCUUUAGAGAGUCAGUCUUACUUUGCUUGAAAUCUCAGUCUAGGUUUGUUUGUGAUUCGGUGAACAUGGUUUGCAUUAGUGGCAGUUGGAUUAACAUUAAUUAACCCUUAGACCCCAGGCGUUGUAAGACCCGCUGAAACCCCCCCCCCCCCAAGCAGGCAUAUUUUGGUAAAAAACAUUUUUUAAAAAUCAAUUGUCACCUUAUAAAUGGGUUAAUCAAUAUAAGAAAUACCAGAAGACUGUAAUUACAUUCAACUUUCAUUUUAGCUUUGUUAGAGAGUUGUCUGGGGUGUUGAUGAGCAGUGUGGAGUGAUGGAAGAUGUCUUGUUUGAAGCUACUAUGCAUAGCCCACAGCAAGCAGGAAGUGAAUUUGACACGCACUUGCAACAUACAAUUCUUACUUGAAGGCCCUUUUAUAUCAUAUUUCAAGCAUAUACAGUACACAAUAUAUUUCUAUUUUCCUCAAAAGAAUUAUAAAAUACUGAGCAGUAGGAAUAUUUAGGCAGCACAAAACUUAUCACUAUUUUCAAAUAUAUACACUAUUUACAUGUACUUAAACUGAAUUUAGAACUUCUUUAUUGUGUGGAAGUGUAAUUUUGUAAUAUAAAAUGCACAAGGCAACUCCACACUCUUUGCACCAAGCCACUAUGGUUCAUGAUGGCUGGUGGAAUGGGGAGGGGAGGGAGUGUCAGUCUCUAGGCCUAUCACUGUCCUCACCGCCUCAACAAACUCAACAUCAUCUGGGUUCUGUUUCCUCCCUGUCAUUGUCUUCGUCAACCAAUACUAUAUCAAUGCCACUCAAAUCAAGCAAUUGAUGAUGAACUCAAUUACUGUCAAGCGGGUGUGGAGGAGUGAGGUGGGUGAUAAGAGAGGUCUAAGGACGUGCAUUCCUCACAAUAUCUGGCGGGUAACUGACCAUCAGGCACAGUUUUAAGUCAAAUACAUACGUGAGUUGAGUUGCCAAUUACACAAAUCUCUCAUACAAAGUAUUUCCUCCCGCCUAGACAUUCAAGAUAUGCAGUGAAAAUUAAGAACCUGGGGUUUAAGGGUUAAUGAGUGCUCUUUAGGUAUUAUCCAUUUCACGAAAUGUAUUGUGAGAUAUGUGAUCUAUUAAUUACUGUAGGCUUAUAUUGUCUAUGUCAUUCUUAAAUUUUUUUUUUAAAUAAAUGAAGAAAAGUU